GGGCGGAGCGGGGCCGGGUUCGGACCCGGUCAGCGCGGCAAGAACGGCGUCGGUCUGGCCCCGGGCUCGUGUGAGCGUCCGUGGCCAGGCCCGCCCUGCCGUCCCCGGAGCUUCCCCAGCAGCUGGACCUUACCCGGGCUCUUCUUCCCCUGCAGCCCCGGGGCCGGCGGUCGAGGCGCGGCGGCGGCGGAACGGCCCGGCCCCAGCCCCGGCCCCAGCCCCGGACCCAGCCCCGGGGACCGCGGCCCGGCGGCGCCCAGCGCCGUCCCGCGCGGGUGGCAGCGGGUGAGCAGCCGCAGGCGGGCGGGCAGGACGGCCGGGAGGAUCGACGUGUACUUCGUAAGCCCUGAAGGGAAGAAGCUGAGGUCAAAACGAGCACUUGUGGAGUAUUUACAGAAAACUGGGGAGACAACACUGCAAGCAGCAGAUUUUGAUUUCACAGCUCCUCAAGGGAGCACAUGCUCAGGGUUGAGGGGAUAUGGCACAGGAGAUGAGAGGACUGACCUGGAGGAUUGUCAGAGCAAAGUGCAGGAGCUCCAGGCACAGAGUGGUGCUGAGAUUGGAAUUCAGAACAUCCAGGCUGGGAAUGGACACCUGGAAGAUGCUGCAUCUACUGUGGAAAACACAGACUUAGUAAUGGAAGGCACAAACUCAGAGAGUUUGAAAACCAGAAGAAAGGGGACAGAAGACAGGAAAAGUGUCCAAGCUAGGAAACGUGGCAAGGGCUCAGAAAGGAGGAACCAAGGGGACGCCAAGAGCAAGAGGCAGAGAAGAAUCUCUAACACAUGGGAGACAGAAUGUGUUCAGAAGAAGAGGGGCCGUAGACAGGCAGACACAUGUGGAGCUGACAGCCAGGGUGUGGGUGCUGACCCUGUGGAUAGAGGGAAAACUCUGUCAGGAGUGUCCAGGGCACGGCUGAGGUCAGUGGCUGGCUCACAGAGGGAGCUGGGUCACCUGCCAAAGGAGGGGCCCUGCUCCAGUGAUACACCUGCUGCCAGCUCUGAGGAGAAAUCCUAUGGACUGGAGACAGGGAAAGUGCCAGAUCCGGGGGAUGUGGCUGAGCAGGAUGUUAAAUGUGACACUGAGGUGGAUGCUGAGCCGUGGGACAGGACAAGCUUCACAGCAGUCAGAAUGUCACCAGAAGAGUCUGUCCCGCGAACACAAGUGGAAAGAAGGAAAACAAGUCCAUAUUUUUCCAGUAAAUACAGCAAAGAAGGCCCCAGCGCACCCAGAAGGAAGGCCCUCAGAAAAUGGACUCCUCCACGUUCUCCUUUCAAUCUUAUCCAGGAAACACUCUUCCAUGAUCCAUGGAAGCUUCUCAUUGCCACCAUAUUUCUCAACAAAACCUCAGGGAAAAUGGCCAUUCCAGUGCUCUGGGAGUUCCUGAAGAAGUAUCCUUCUCCUGAGGUAGCCAGGGCUGCAGACUGGAAAGAGAUGUCAGAGCUGCUCAAACCUCUUGGUCUCUAUGAACUCAGAGCCAAAACCAUCAUCAGGUUCUCAGGUGAGUACCUGAGCAAGGCGUGGCGGUAUCCCAUCGAGCUGCACGGCAUUGGCAAGUACGGCAAUGACUCCUACAGAAUCUUCUGUGUCAACGAAUGGAAGGAGGUGCAGCCACAGGACCACAAGUUGAAUGUGUACCACAGGUGGCUGUGGGAGAACCGGGAGAGUCUGAGCAUCGACUGAGCUGAGCUGGGUGUGACCUGGCCCCACCACCUCCCCUCGGGUGCCCUCACAGUUCUGGGUGUAAAUAUUUGUAUGAUGUCAUGGCUGGAGUCAUUGCUUUAUUUUUAAUAAACGUGUCCGUGUUUUGUA